AUGGAGAGCGCAGCCAAGCGCAAAGCCGCCAGCGCCGCGGUGGCCGAAAAUGAGGGUCGCCCGGCGAAGCGCCAGAAAGUGCCGGCCGACGCGGAGCCCGCCUCAGAGACGCCGGAGACGACGACGACCAACGGCUUGAAGUUCCUGGAGAGCCUGAAGCAAGCAAAGGACAAAACCGGCCGCCCGAUUGCGGUGCACUUCCUCACGCUCCCCGACAAGGACGAGAUCCCGGAGUACUACGACGUGAUCAAGCUCCCCGUUGCAAUCGACACUAUCGAGGACAAGCUCAACCGCGGAGAAUACACCACACUUGCGCAGGUCGAGAGCGACUGCAAGCGGCUCGUCAACAAUGCAAAGGCGUACAACGACAAGAAGUCCCUCAUCUACGAGGAUGCCGAGCGUCUCCGCAAGACGGCGUCGAACUGGAUGGUCAAGCACAACCCCGCAUACCGUAUACAAGGCUAUCAGGCGAUUGCUACGCCCGUACCCGGCGAAGAGGCAACGCCCCCGGGGAAGCCCGCCCCUCGCCCUGCGGUUUCGACACCCCGGCCUGCGGCUCCUACCCCAGAUUCCACCGAGAGACCGCGACGAGCGGCGGCUACCGCAGCACAAACCACCCCAGCACCUUCGAAGCUACGCCACUCAGCGUCAACAGCCCCGGAAGAACCAGAUGAUAACCCGGACUUUGCGGGAAAGACCUUCCAGCAAGUGCAGGACCGGAUCAUUCGCGAGCUGAUCGACUACGUAGAGCCAGACGGUCUGCCAAUUUUCCAGCCCUUCGUGCAACUGCCUAGCCGGUCGCUGAAGGACUACUAUCAACUGAUCAAGGAGCCCAUGUCCCUCUCGGCGGUACAGAAGAAAGUUCGCGGCGUCGUUGGCCGCAAUCCGCCAACCGGUAUCACGGAAUUGAAGAGCUGGGAUGCCUUUGAACAGGCAACGAGCUUGAUAUGGAUCAACGCUCGAGAUUACAAUGAGGAUGGCAGCGACAUCUACAACGUAUCCCUUGAGCUCGAGGCUUUGUUCAAGAAGCGGCUAGCGGAAGCUAAGGCCAAAGUCGAAGAGCCACCACAGCCGAAGCUCAAGCUCAAUAUGUCGGUCGCCGCUCCGUCUCCCGUGCCAGCACCUCCGAAGCAGCAGCAGUUGAAGCUGAAGUUGCGACAAAGCCCAGUAUCAGAUCCAAAUACUCCAGCUGCGCGUAGUUCUGCCACUCCUGGUGUCAUCGUGGACAAUGAAGCUCUUAGGAGGCAGCAACGCCAUGUCCUGGAUAGCAUGAAUGGCACCGGAUCGCCUCGACCAUCAUCUGCUGGCAAACCACAGACUCCCUCGGCAUCUAGCAAUCCGUUCAGCGGUUCGCGGGGAGCUGCCGCCACCAUCGCCCCAUUGCCUGCCGCGCAGUCCAGAACCGCAGGAUCGCCUCCGGCUGUGAAUGGGAUCAAGAACGAUGUGCAAUCCCCGGCACUAAAUGCUAUCAGACCAGCUAGCAACGCAUCCGACAGUCAGAGCCAGCGGUUAAGCGUGCCAGCGCAGACUCCGCACCCUGUCAUGCCUCCGCCACAGUCAAUAUCCCGACCGGCAAGUGGCAGUCCGCAUCCAAAUGGACCGAUCGGCCAGCAGACUGGAACCUACAAUCAGUACCACCCACCACCGAACUACUAUGUCCCUCCUACGACGCCUCACUUCGAGAACCUCAGGAAGGUGCCGCUGAAGAGUGUGGAGGAAGCCCUCAUUCCCAAGAUAACUCUCAACACUCAUCCUGCGCUCAACCUGCCGAAGCCAUGGUCUGUCAAUGUCCUCGCCAACAAGCAGAAAACCUCGCAUAGCGUUACGAUGAUUCUGUCACCGAAUUACUCGUACCUCCAAAUCGUGCCCCACGUUCCCAUCGCGCUCACCAACCGCCUCUAUCGGCUGUUCGUGACCGUCAAUGGCAAUAAGACGUUCGAAGUGAAUCGAAUACCGGUUACCGCAGGCAUCAACGGCACCUCCAUGGGACCAGGCUAUGAAGGUGGCAAGAAGAAAGGCGAACCAGUCUUUGAGGCCAAGCUCAUGGCAGGCGUAAAUCGCGUCGAAGUGGAGAUCGUUGCGGAGAAGGAUCGAAAGGGGAAACCAGAGCCCAAAGAUCCCAAAGAUCCCAAAGAUCCCAAAGAUCAGGUGGAAAUUGAGAAAUGCACCAUCUUCUUGCAUCUGACGAGGACGUCGUAG